UAGACUUCUUUGAUUUCAUCUGUUUUCCAAGAACAACAUGUCUAGCUUAUUUAUAUAUAAUUAGAUCCUCGCGGCUGUUCACAAUUGGUACAGAUUUGGAACAAAGUAAGGAAAAUAACGUAGAUUGUGGAUCAAGUAAAAAUCUGUAAAGUAUGGACCUCUUUGCUACGGCAAUGUCCGCUUUGGCUUGCAUGCUAACCACGCUGUGCUCUGGUGUGAGAAUAGGUCUCCCGGAAGAUCAUGUUGACGUCAGCUCCUGUUUCCACCGAGCAUGUAUAUCAGAACACGACUGGCAGGAGAUAGGCGAGAAAUGGCACAUUUUUAGAGACACAGUAAAGUUUCUGAACGACAGCAGUUCGUAUGAUAAAAGAUCUGUAAUAUGGCGAAAGUUUCAAGAAGGUGAUAUAUGGAAUAAAAACAAUGCCCAAGCUGCCAACACCCUGAAGAAUAUACGGACAAUGAUGAAUCAUAUUGACCAUACUACGGAAGAGAUGAAGGCUGUCCAGCUAAAAGACUAUUCAACAAGGUAUGACCACCAGGCUAUUAUAAUAAUGGGAAGCGAUAUCACUGUGCAGAAGGCAGCGCAUUUCCUGUACAACAAACACCCAUUAGUGUCAACUUUGUACAAAUACAACCCUGAAACAAACACGAUAAAUGUGAUUCUUGGAGAGGAGCAUUUUCUGGGAAGAAAUAGCCGUGUUCAGAUUGUUGGCCAUGGCAAAAACACCUUUGGUGAAAUGAGACUUGCAGGAAAGACACCAAAAGAACUUGCAGAAAUAGUACAUAAGUUACCAAUACAAAUGUCUGAACUAGGUCGAAUAAGUCUCGUUGGUUGCAACAUUGGAAAUGAUGGUCGAUCAGAAUUUCUCAAUGAUGGGUAUACGGAACAGUUUUUAAAAUCUUUAAGAUUUGAUCAAAGUAUCAAUGCAGAAGUCAGCUCUAGAAAUGGGCUUAUUAGUAUAACUGCUUCAGGCAAGAAAGAAACUGGUAAAAUUGAAGCUGACGGAAUAAAAUGGUUCAGUAAAGACUCACUUAGUAAAAAGAUAAUAAAGCUUGAUGGCUUUAAUGAAGUAAUUCGCAUUGAGUUGCCUGUCACUGAAGGUCUUGCGUCAUACAAUCUAGAAUCUAGUGGAGCCUUAGUUAAACUUACAGACAUCAAUUAUUAUUCAAAUAAACAAACGAUCUACUUGGAGAAGAGAAACCAGGAUACCAAUGAACCGAACUUACUUAAGGUAUUGGAAGCUAAAGAUAUUGAUAUCUACAUUAAAACUUUAACCAAGACUAACUUUUUACAUGAUACUGCAUUUGUUGAGAAGAAAAUAAUUGAUAAAAAUAUAGAAAAAAUACGAGAGAAAAUUCAGAGUACUGUAGUAAACGGUGAAAUAUCCGAAGAGAAUAAGGUUAAUAUUCAAAGCUUGAAGAAGGAGAUAAUAGAGUUUCAACCGGGUAAGAUAAGUUAUCACGAAUUCGUUGGAAAUGCAUACCUUUCUGAUAAAUCGAAUAAGCGGAUAUCGGAUGUAUUUGAUUUUAAAAUACACUCUGACGUUAAUGGAAAUCUAAAUAUGAUUAUGACAUCAUCGACAUCAUCGGUGAAGAAAAUAAGCUUCCUUCUUGACUCUGGUACUCCACCUAACUGGAAGUACGUUGCAAGACUUGAUAGAAACUUUAAUCGAAUUAUAAAAGUUGAGAAUGUCCGUGAAAUAACUAGUAGGGCUGAUCUCAUACAUGAAAUCAAUAUGUUUGGAGCAUUUGGUAUAGAUACGAGAAACAUGGGCUACUUAAACAAAUAUUAUCUAUUUGGUGAUGUUGUGUACAAAAUGGCAAGAAGAAAUUUUUAUAUAACGUGGGAAGGCAUGAUAGCAUCCGAUAUGCCGGUAAGACUUGAACAUUUUCAUGAUAAGCCAAUAAAUGAAAAUGAGAUUCUUCAUCUGAAAAACUGGAAAUGGUUAGAUAGCCAAAAUCGAUAUAUUUUACCUAAGGGUUUUAACUUGGAAACAUAUCGAGAUAUGAGAAAUUCAAUCAAAAAUGAAUAUGCAAAUAGAAAAAUCCAUGAAAUAGUUCAAAGUUUGUCUGAGGAGGGAACAUUUACAGUAACAAGCAAGAAAAUUUUUGUAGACGACGUUUAUUUUACUUUGGAAGGACAAAGCGGGUCAAAACGUUUUAGGAACUUUAGAGAGAGUUUAUAUCCAGGAAAUGUGCUUAACCUGAUGGGUAAUUUCAUGAACGGCGAACAUAUUAAUAUCAAGCAAAAUCAAAUGCAUAUAUUGGAAGGUUCAACUGUUCUUGCAAUUGCACUUGCAGAAACUAUUCGGAAUUUUCGGACAUUUUCUAUAAACGAAAUGAUGAUGAAUAUAAACGCAAGAGAACCGAUAUCUCUUCAUACGCUGAUAGAAUGCAAUCCCAUGACACGUGGAAAGAGCUGGGGAUAUAUUGGCAAUACAGGAUUAACAGUCAAUGAAAUAAAUCAUAAACAAAUCGUUUUACCGAGAGAGCUUAAUAUUGCAAGAACGUUUUUAUUAACACAAAAAGGUGAGGAUGGUCAAAAUAACAAAUAUCGAUUCUUGACAGAUACAGAAUAUAACCAGUUACGGAAAGAAAUGCCACCAGAAAAACUUGCACGAAUUACUUUUCCUAUUACAGAAAAUGAAAUGCACAACACAAUAAUUGACUAUAAACCUGAAAAUACUGAUCGUAUUGUUAGAACAAACCCGUUAGGUGAUCAUAGUUUCCCAACAGUUAACGAUGUAGAAGUAUUUACUGAAAAAUCAAUGAGUAAGGCCAUGCCAAUACGUGCUUCUGUGGCUAUGGUAAAUGAUUACAUACAUGUCAUAAAUCACGUGAGCAAAGUAAUAGCACAAAAAAGUCAGGUAUCAGGAAAGGAUCUCGAAAUCAUUCAAAGCACAAUAGAAUUUGAAAAUGGGAAUGUUAAAUUAUUUGUCAGAGACAAAUCAAACCCAACUGACAAAAUAGAGUUAAAUAUUGAAAUAAACGAAAAUAUUCUUGAAACAAAUUGGAUAAAAAAAGAAACUUCGAAAGAGAUAGACCAUGUUCGAGAAAUGAAAAGUUUUCCACCAAAGUCACUGACAAAAUUGAAUGAAUUUCUUGGAGUUUAUGGAAUCGUGAUGGGAUUCAGAGGUGCUGUUCAAGAUUUCGAAGAAGGAAAGAUUGGUGAAGGUAUUGUUAACAUAGCUCAAAGCGUCCAUGGAAUAUACGGAAUGAGUCAGUCAGCCCAGAGAGUAUUACGAAGAAUCACAAGUAAGAUUUUUUCCGCCGGGCUUCAAAAAAUUGAAGCUGGUUUAGCAGAGGUUUCGACAAGAAUAAGAACAUUUUUCUCACGAGGAGAAUUAGCGGUUAGUGAAACGUUAUCUGCAGCUGGUCGUGUUGCAGGAGACAUACCUGUUAUUGGAACUGCGUUUGGAAUUUACAACACAGUGCAAGACAUACGUAGAAAAACAACAAUCGGUUACAUUGACGCGGGAUUGGAUGCAGCCAUAACUAUUUCCGCACUAUUUGGACCAGAAGCCCUGAUAGUUACAGUAGCUUUGACAAUUGUUAGACUUGUUAUAGACGAUUUUUACUAUGCAAUAAGCAACGAACUGAAAAAUUUACCGUCAGACGCUUCUGCUUUGCAAAAGGUCGGAGCUGUUCUAAAAGGCAUCGGCGAAGGUAUAGUUAUGACUAUUAAAGCUUUUUAUGAUUUUACUUCUCUUGGAUUACUAAGUUUUGCUGAAACGUACAUCAAUAUUGACAAACGGUAUAAUGAAGAACAUGCAUUAUUUCAUAAAAUGUCUGACUAUCACAAUUAUCUUAGAUUUGUAAAAGAAGGAAAACAUGAAAAGGUGAUAAAUUUUGCAGCGGGAGAUGCGUCGUGGAAUGGCGGUAACAUAAUUUUCCAAAUGUUCGAUGACAAUACUGCACGGCUUCGAAUGCAAAUUGUGGAUGAAAAUGGAAGAGAACGUAAUCUUGACAAAUUCAUAGCUUUGGAGGAGGAUUCAAACGAUAUCUUUUUAGGGAUAGGGGAAUCACAUGACAUUAGCUUCAAGAAAGAGUCAGCAAAACUUUUUUGGGUGAUUCCAGUACAUUCGCAAUACCUCAUCGAUAAGAUUAAAGGUGACCAAAAUACAUUGCACGGUACAUAUUAUGGAAACUCAAAGGAUAACAAAUUCUUCACAGUCCAAAAUCUGACAAAAGAUACAAAUUUAGGAUACUCUUUAGCGGAUUAUUAUUACGAAAUAUAUGGUGAAGACGGAGAUGAUACGUUUUAUUGCGGCCCACAGCAAUCCAUUGUUAAAGGUGGCAAUGGGCGAGAUACAUACAUCAUACCUUAUUCAGGAGGGAAGACAACGAUAAAUAAUUAUGCGACAGAUUUAGAAGAAGACGUUCUUUUUAUAGAUGUACAUUUUGAGCAAAUACAUGCGGAUCGUCGUAGAAAUGACUUGAUUCUUAAACACGGUCAUGAGCAUGACAUAACUGUCUUGAACUGGUUUUCUGGUCAUCGAAUGGGACAUUUGACUUUCAAAGCAAAAGAUGGUGUGAUAUUUAAUGUUACAAUCGGUGUUUAUGGUAGGGCAUUUAUUGUCCCACUUGCAAUUGUCUUAACUGGAACCACAACUGGUCAUGACAUAGAUGUUUCUAGAGGACUUUGGGAACACGUGAAAAUGGUUAUAGGCUCCGAUGCUUCAGACAGAAUCGUUGGGAACAAAAAUGACAACAUACUUAAUGGGGGUAAAGGGAAUAAUUCACUUUAUGGAGAAGCCGGGAGUGACACAUAUGUGAUUAGCUCAGCUGCAACUUCGGCGUGGAAUGUCAUAAAUAAUUUUGACACAAAACUGACUGUUGAUAAAGUUAUAUUUGAGUAUUCAUAUGAAGAAAUCAUUGUAUCGAAAAAUGAUAAUCAUGUACGAAUGGAAACUGUCAGAAAUGGACCGACGGUUAUAAUGAAUAACUGGUUUACAAAUGAGUAUUAUAGACAUUGUGUGUUUGUAACGAAGGACGACAUCAUAUUCAAACUCUCGGAUGACAUAAAUGAACCUAACAUCCGUCAACCUAUUAUACUAGACGCUUCCAAAGAAACCACUUCUGUGGUAUUAAAUGCAAAGAAACGAGGCUUUGAAAAUGUAACAACAAUUAUCGGGAGUAAUUUCGAUGAUGUGAUACUAGGAAGUAGCGGCAAUAAUUACCUUAAAGGCGGGAGAGGAAGCGACAAAAUUACUGGAGGUGAGGGUAAGGACGUUUAUGUAAUACAUAAGGAGGAUAUUGGAGAUUUUAUUGACAAUUUUGCUGAGGAUGGAAAAGACGAUCUUUUGCUAAUUGAUUUCAAUUUUAACCACAUAACUGUCAAUUCUCUGAACUUAGAUGUGGUUCUGAAAGUAAAGAACAAUCGUAUCGUUACAAUACAAAAUUGGAUCAAAGGGGAAAAUUGGAGACACAUUGUCAUAAGAACGAUUGAUGGAAUCAGUUUUCGGUUGGAAAAAUCUGUCGAAAAUAUAAUAUUGAAGUCUCCACUAGAGAUCGAUAAGUCAGCAAUGACUACAACACAAAUUGUCAACACGAACAAAAAUCGCAUGCGCACGGUUGAACAUAUAAUAGGGUCGAAUGCUACUGAUACAUUGGUAGGAAACGAACAUGCAAACAGAAUUGAUCCUGGUUUCGGUGGUGCCUAUAUGAUGGGAAUAGAUGGCCAUGAUAUUUAUGUAAUCAAAGAUCAUUACAAAGGCCCUAAUAUCAUCAAUAAUUUUGCAAGAGACGAUUUGACAGACACUAUCAAAUUACCUACGUUUUUCGACGAUGUUUACACAAAUAUCAGCGAGAACGAUAUACUUCUUGAGUCAGUCUCAAACCCAAGCGCCUCUGUCACCUUGCAAAAAUACAAAACUGAUCCAAGAAGUCGACACCUGGUUAUAAACACUAUACAAGAUGGUGUCGUAUUUACAAUUCCCCAAGAGCUUGAUUUUCAGCCUACAGCUAUUUCAAUAGAUCGGACCAACCAGGCUCAUAACCUUAUUAUUGAUCUAGAAAGUAAGGAUUUGUGGAAAGAGGUUGUGACUGUUUUGGGGUCGAAAGAACAUUCUAAUGUUAUAAAAGGAAAUGAAAAAAAUAAUACAUUUACCGGCGGAACACUUUCAGACACACUUGAAGGAGGUGAUGGAAAUGACGUCAUUCGCGGUAACCAGGGAGACGAUUUUAUAGACGGAGGAAAUGGAGAUGAUAUUCUAGCAGGAGGAGCCGGAAAGGACUGGUUGGAUGGCGGUAUGGGGGAUGACGUCAUAUACCCUGGUCCUGAUGCGGAUUACGUGAACGGCGGUCCUGGAUUCGACAUUAUUAUUGUAUCAGGUGACGCACAAGAUAUGAGUGGGGUGUAUGUCGAUUUACACAGUGGUCAUGGCUACAAUGGAGAUGUCAAUGGGGAUAUAUAUGUUAGUAUAGAGGGCGUUAUCGGAAGCUUUUAUAAUGACAUGCUUGUAGGGACCAAUUAUGGAAAUCUUUUGGAUGGUAAAGGAGGCAAUGAUUUUAUAUCACCACUUGAUGGAAAUGAUAUUCUAGUCGGUGGUGAGGGAAAAGACAUAUAUGACAUCGGCAAUUCCAAAGGCGAAAAAGUGAUACGAAAUUACGCUGAUGACGGCAUUAUGGAUUACCUUAAUUUGAGAGUUUAUGAACAUAGCAGAAUUACUCUUGAAAAACGUUACGAUAGCCUUGUCAUUCAUAUUGGAAUCUUUUUAAACAAUGUAUUUUGUCCUUCGAUAGGAAUCGGCCCAAUUCAUAUUGAACAUUGGUACAAGCAUCUUACCCACCAACAUUUGACCGUUCAGCUAGCUGGGAGUGAUCUGGUAUUGCACUAUUUUGAUACUGGUGAAUAUUCUGUGGUACAUGAAAGAGUGGAUACAGGAGAUCGGAACAAAACAUGUGAAGUCUUGUUUUCCCAAAUAGGUUAUCAGGACUAUAACGAUUAUUAUUCAGAAUAUGCAGAUUAUUAUUUUGGUUAACUUAAGCUUGAUCUUGUUAAGAAUAAACUUUAAAAUAUGUGCUAUUUUGUAUGUCACAUUUUUGCUUUGCGAGGCGCUAAUCAAAAAUAAGAUCAGAAAACGACAAAAUGGUCACUUUGUCGUUCUUUCGUCUGCAGGGCGCCACACAAAAUCACAAAAAUACAACAAAGUGAUGACUUUAUCGAAUUUGAACAUUUUGACAUACUUUUGUUCCUCGAGGCGCCAGCGAAAACACGAAAAUACGACAAUAUGACCACUGUCGACAAUAUGACCACUGUCGACAAUAUGAUUACUGUCGACAAUAUGACCACUAUCGACAAUAUGAUCACUGUCGACAAUAUGAUCACUGUCGACAAUAUGAUCACUGUCGACAAUAUGACCACUGUCGACCAUAUGACCACUGUCGAAAAUAUGAACAUUGUCGUACUUUUUCUCUGCGGGCUGCAAGGCGAAAAUAUGACAUGACAUUAAUCAGCUAUCAUAUUUUUAUACUUUACUCUCUUGACAGUUCCGUUCCUGAUUAAAUGAUUAAGUGAACAUACAAUUUUUUUAUAAUUAAUAUAAAGGAAUUUACUGUUAAUUUCUCAAACUUAAAACAAUAACAUGCAUUACCGUCCAGUGUCUGAGAGGUGUCGUUUAGAGUGUCUUCCUACAGUCUUCUUUUAAAUAUAACAUAAUAAAAUUAUUGUUGGUGACACAUCAUGCAUAAAAGCUUCGGGCCACAUGUAUAUUAUAACAUUUCUACACAUCCAAUACUAAUAUGAUAUUUAUCAUUUUUAUUUUCCAUGUUGAACUUUGAGGGUAGUCUAAAUUAACUAAUUCAUGUAUAUUAUGCUACAAAGUAUUGAAAAUCAUUAGUGAGCAGUCUGUAAUUCAAAUCAAUAUACUAAUGAGAGAAGAAUUAUAA